AUGGCGGACAUCACCGCGAUCCUCCAGGCGACGCAGAGCCACGACGCGAACGCGCGCGUCGCCGCGGAAGCGCAGCUCAAGGCGGCGCAGGAGAGCAACUUCCCGGGCUUCCUCACCUCCCUCGCGGGCGAGAUCGCGAACGAGCAGAAGCCGCCGACGACCAGGCAGCUCGCGGGCUUGCUCCUGAAGAACUCGCUGGACGCGCGCGAUGAGAACAGGAAGGCGGAGCUCGUCGAGAAGUGGCUCCAGCAAGAUCCGACGAUCAGGAACCAGAUCAAGGGCGCGGUGUGGAACACGCUGUCGUCGAGCGAUCCAACCGUGCGGCACACGAGCGCGCAAGUCGUGGCGAAGAUCGCGGGGGCGGAGAUCCCGGCGAAGCAGUGGCCGGACCUCGUGCAAAACCUCCAGAACAACGUCAGCAACGGCACCGCGCCGGGUCUGAAGCAAGCGACGCUCGAAGCGCUCGGGUUCGUGUGCGAAGAGAUCGACGCGGAGCACCUGGAGGAGGCGGAGGUGAACGCGAUGUUAACCGCCAUCGUGCAAGGGAUGCGAAAAGAAGAGCCGGACGUCGAGAUCAGGCUCGCCGCGUGCGUCGCGCUCAGAAACGCGCUUUAUUUCGCGGUGAACAACUUCGAACACGAUAACGAGAGGAACUACAUCAUGCAAGUCACGUGCGAGGCGACGGUGUGCGACGACGUGAGAGUCAGAGUCGCCGCGUACGAGGUGCUCGUCGGCGUCGCGGAGAAUUACUACCAACACCUCCAGCCGUACAUGACCGCGAUCUUUGACUUAUCCGUCAAAGCGACCAAGAGCGACGACGAGACGGUCGCGCUGCAGGCGAUCGAGUUCUGGUCCGCGAUCUGCGAGGAAGAGAUUGACCGUCAGGAGGAGAUUGACGACGCGAACACCGCGGAGGCGGCGGCGGCGGUGGCGUACCACCGCUUCAUCGAAAAAGCGCUCCCGAUGCUCGUGCCGAUGCUUCUGGAGACGCUGACGAAACAGGACGAGGACCAGGUGGACGACGGGGACGACGCGUGGAACGUCGCCAUGGCGGGCGGGACGUGCCUGCGCCUCGUCGCGACGUGCGUGCAAGACGCCGUCGUGGAUCACGUGAUGCCGUUCAUCCAGCAGAACAUCUCGCAAGGGGAGUGGCGCCUGAGAGAGGCGGCGACGUACGCGUUCGGGUCCAUCCUGGAGGGCCCGGACCCGGACAAGCUCGCGCCGGUCGCGUCGCAGGCGCUGCCGUUUCUCUUGAACGCGAUGAAGGACCAGAUGGCUCACGUCAGGGACACGACGGCGUGGACCGUCGGCCGCGUCUUUGAGUACGUCGGACAAGUGUCGGAUAACGUCCCGCCGGUGGUGUCCGCGGCGAACCUGGAGCAAAUCUUAAAGCCGAUCGUGGAGUCGCUGCAAGACCGCGUGCACGUCGCGGGGAAGAGCUGCUGGGCGUUGCAGCGGCUGUUCGCGUGCUGCGCCGGCGAGGACGACCACGACCCCAUGCGCGCCGCGCUCGCGCCGUAUUUCCAAGGCAUCGUCCAGGCGCUCAUCGCGGCGAGCGAGCGCGCGGACGCGGAGCAAACGCUCAGGAUCGAGGCGUACGAGAGCCUGAACGAGAUCAUCCGCGCGUCGACGCGCGACACGUACUCGCUCGUGCAGCAGCUCAUCCCGAUGGUGAUGCAAAAGCUCGGGGUGACGCUCGAUCAGAUGGCGCAGCCCGGGGUGUCCGCCGAAGCGGCGGAGAAGCUCGGCGAGAUUCAAGGGCUGCUCUGCGGGACGUUGCAGACGAUCGUCCAGAAGCUGUCCGCCGACGGCGACCCCGCGACGACGCAGCUCGUGCUGACGUACGCGGACAACAUCAUGCAGUGCCUCCUGCGCGUCAUCGGCGCGCGGUCCGCGACGGUGCACGAGGAGGCGAUGUUGUGCGUCGGCGCGUUGGCGUACGCCAGCGGCGCCGGGUUCGAGAAGUACAUGACGGCGCUGUACCCGUUCAUCGACGUCGGGUUGAAGAACCACGAGGAGUACGAGGUGUGUAACGUCACCGUCGGCGUCGUCGGGGAUUUAUGCCGCGCGCUCGAGGAGAAGAUGCUGCCGUAUUGCGACGGCAUCGUGACGCAGUUGUUGCAGGAUUUGCAGAGCACGCAGCUGCACCGGAGCGUGAAGCCGCCGAUUCUGUCGUGCUUUGGCGACAUCGCGCUCGCCGUCGGCGUCGGGUUCGAGAAGUACCUCCCGUACGUCGUCCCGAUGCUUCAGUCCGCGACGCAGCUGUCCAUCUCGACGCCGAAGACGGACGAAGAGAUGAUCGACUACAACAACAUGCUCAGAAGCGGCAUCUUCGAGGCGUACGCCGGUUUGCUCCAAGGGUUCAAAAACGACAAGAGCAAAGUCCAGCAGCUCGUGCAGCACGCGUCCUUCGUCGUCGCGUUCGUGGAGGAGGUGUACAAGGACGAGGACAGGGACGAGGCGGUCACGAGGGCGAUGAUUGGCGUGUUGGGGGACAUGGCGGACAUGAUCGACGGCAUGGGCGCGGUGUUUCAGCAGCAUCCGUUUUGGCAGCAGCUUCUCGCGGAGUGCUCGGACUCGCACCAGGACGCGCAGCUGCAGGAGACGGCGCAGUGGGCGGGGCAGAAGAUCCGCGCGGUGUGUGGGAUGUGA